GUUAGCCGCAAUCCUAAUCUGCGUCCGCUUUAUUUAUUAUUACCCCGUUUACCGUUGGUCCGUGGCGAGAUAUCUCUUUCCUUUCCCUUUUCCUCUUCCUCUUCUCUGCUCUAUAUUACGCCUUCUGCUGCCUCUUCGCCUGACUUUUCAGGAAUUCAUUCGUCUCUCUUUCUUUCUCCAUUGCCCCAUCUCCCAUCUAAAGAACCAUCUCCUCUACUCCAUCCCAUCCCAUACCCCUCAAGAUGGAUCCCACCGCAAAGGAACGCCCUAUGAAGCAUGUUAGCCGUAAGGAUCUGUAUACCAACCUGGAGACCCGUGUCAGAUACCUCCAUGACUUCCUGGACUUCAAUUCCAAUGACGUCGAGGCCCUCACCUCCGGUUCCAAGUACAUCAAAGCUCUCAUCCCCGCCGUCGUCAAUAUCGUCUACAAGAAACUCCUCGAAACCGACAUCACCGCCCGCGCCUUCCACACGAGAAACACUGCCGAUGAGAGACCGGUCGAAGAGUACUUGGACGAAGACAGCCCCCAGAUCAAGCGCCGUAAGAUGUUCCUCCGCUGGUAUUUGACCAAGAUGUGUUCCGAUCCCACCCAGAUGGAAUUCUGGAGAUAUCUCAACAAAGUUGGAAUGAUGCACUGCGGCCAAGCAAGAAUGUACUCACUAAACAUCGAAUUCAUCCACCUCGGCGUCUGUCUCGGCUUUAUUCACGACAUCUUCAUCGAAGCCCUGAUGUCCCACCCCCACCUUUCUCUGCAGCGCAAGGUGGCUCUUGUCCGAGCCAUCGGAAAGAUCAUCUGGAUCCAGAACGACCUGUUCGCCAAGUGGUACGUCCGGGACGGCGAAGAGUUCGCCGACGAGAUGUCCGACGUCAACGUCGAACGCGAGGGCUACGUGAACGGAAAACGCGUCCUGGGUGACGGAAGCAGCACCGGAAGAAGUUCCAGCGAAGAUGAUCGGUCGAGCAUAAACAGCACCAACCCCUCGGUACAUUCUGCGUGCCCCUUCGCAGAUGCAGCGAAGCCGGUUGUCGAGACGAAAAUAUGGUCCCAGUGAUUUCUUUCAUUUCCGCCUUCGUUUACUGCGUAAAAGGAUUGUUGGAUCGACGAACUUUGAACCUCUUUCUUGAUCACACUUUGGAUGAUAGAUCGCGACGAAACUACGUUAUAUUGGGAAAUCCAUAACCGGCACGACAUGGUUGGUUAGCAUCGUCAUUGGCGUAUGGACAACGGGACAUUUUUAUUUUUCGUUUUUCUCUUUGAUACCUAUAUUUCAUAUUUCAUAUAAAUUUCUUGUUUCUCUGGCUUUAUUUUAUUUUAUUUUUUUUCUUUGGUAUCCCUUAAUUCCAAGGGAGUUAGUUCUCUGUUGGCUUGAAUGGGAAGUAUGUUUAUUUGUUAUAUGCACAUUCCAACCAAUAAGCCUAUUUACUAUUUUUAUCCUGGGCCUGUUCCAAUUAUAAUAAUGAUCAUUUAUGGAAAAUCAAAUUAUACAGAAUGUGAGGACAAACAUUGAAAGUAAC